GAGAGGGUAGCGGGGGGAGCAGACAAAAUGCGGAGCCCCCUCCCCCCGAGCUCAGCCUGUGUGUUUGGGAGGGAGGCAGACAGUCGUGGCACGUCCGUGUGAGAUGUAGAAAGAAGUGGGGGGAGGAAGGUGGAGAAGACUGAGCAGCAGCCAGAGCAUGUUCUCGAUGCAACAGUUCCCUGCCCUGCCUCCGGAAGAAGAGCGUUACCGCCAGGUCCUCGCCACUGACCGGGUCUUAGGAACAGAUGAAGAUAAUAUGGGGGAUGGUUGCUCUCAGAAGCUGGCUUCUGCCAAAUACCUUCGACUUUUGCUACUAAUACUGAUUCCAUGCAUCUGUGCUCUCAUCCUCCUAUUGGUGUUCCUGCUUACCUUUGUAGGUAUAUUAGAAAAAACAUGUUUUUAUUCAAAUGGGAGUGACCUUCUAGCUGCUGGUGGCAACAUUCGAACAUCUGACAUUCCUUUUCCAAAUGUUGUUGAAAAUGGUUCGGAUGUGGUUCCCACAGUGGAUCUCAAAGUGCUGCCAUCAUCCUGGACCCAAAGCCCUUUAUCCCAUGUUGACCAAAUGCAUGAAAACUUAAGCAUGUUUAGGCAGGCCUUACAGGAAGAUUCCUCGGCUCCUAUUACACCAGUCCCACCAUUCAACCCCACUGCUACAGAUGUUGGUAUUUUGACCAGAGCCCCUGAAGACCAUACGUGGUCAUUUGCCACUACAGAGGAGAAAACUCGUUGGUCCACAGACACAUCCAUCAAGAUCACAGACAGGAUAUCCUCUCUACCUACGUUAAGUUCUAUCCAUCCAGCUGCUGUACAAGAAAUGAAUCUGAAAAAAAGUGCCUGCAUAAAUAUCACGUACAGCCAGUGCCAAAUGCUGCCAUAUAACCACACCACUCUAACAUCAGUUCUUUCCAUUGUCAAAAGCAUUGAAAUGGAAAAGUUCCUCAAGUUCUUCAGUUAUCUCAACCGCCUCAGCUGUUAUCAACACAUCAUGCUGUUCGGCUGUAGCCUUGCUCUUCCUGAGUGCAUCAGUGAUGGUGAUGACAGUCGAGGCCUCCUGCCCUGUAGAUCAUUUUGUGAGGCAGCAAAGGAAGGUUGUGAACCAGUUCUGGGGAUGGUGAAUUCUUCGUGGCCUGAGUUCCUCAGAUGCUCCCAGUUCCAAAACAGAACUGAAAAUGACAACACCACGAGGGUCUGUUUCUCGCCAUGGCAAGAGAGAGGAAAACAACUGCUGUGCGGAGGAGAUGAGAGCUUCUUAUGUGCCAGUGGAAUCUGCAUCCCCGGGAAACUACAAUGUAAUGGUUACAAUGACUGUGAUGACUGGAGCGAUGAGGCACAUUGCAACUGCAGUGAUGAUGUGUUCCGUUGUACUACUGGGAAAUGCCUCAAUUACACCUUUGUUUGUGAUGGAUAUGAUGAUUGUGGAGACCUGAGUGAUGAACAAAACUGUGAUUGCAAUCCAUUGAAGCAACAUCGAUGUGGAGAUGGAAGAUGUAUAACGGUAGACUGGGUAUGUGAUGGUGACCAUGAUUGUAUAGACAAGUCAGAUGAAGUCAAUUGCUCAUGUUACAGUCAGGGUCUGGUGGAGUGCAGAAAUGGACAGUGCAUUCCCAGUGCUUUCCAGUGUGAUGGGGAUAAUGACUGUAAAGAUGGAAGUGAUGAAGAUAAUUGCAGUGAAAAUAAGGGUCAAACACCAUGUCAGGAAGGGGACCAGAGAUGUAUUGAUGCUUCCUGCCCUGAUUCUUGUGGCACCUCUUCUUUCUGUGACAUAAACAAUAGCCAGACAAACUGUAGUCAGUGUGAACCAAUUACUCUGGAACUCUGCAUGAACCUGCCUUACAACUAUACUAACUACCCAAACUACUUGGGCCAUAGGACUCAGAAGGAAGCCUCUAUCAGCUGGGAAUCUUCCCUUUUUCCAGCCUUGGUUCAGACUAACUGCUACAAGUACCUUAUGUUUUUUGCCUGUACAAUCUUGGUGCCAAAAUGUGACCCUCAAACGAAUCAGCGUAUCCCACCCUGCAGGACGCUGUGUGAGCAUUCCAAAGAACGAUGUGAAUCUGUGCUUGGAAUUGUGGGCCUGCAGUGGCCAGAAGACACAGACUGCACUCAGUUCCCAGAAGAAAACUCAGACAACCGAACCUGCCUAACACCUGAUGAGGAUGUGGAAGAGUGCUCACCCAGUCACUUCAAGUGCCGUUCUGGAAGGUGUGUCUUGGCCUCCAGAAGAUGUGAUGGCCAGGCUGACUGUGAAGAUGAUAGUGACGAGGACAACUGUGGUUGUGGAGAAAGGGGUCUUUGGGAAUGUCCAUCAAACAAGCUGUGUAUCCAGCACGCCAUGAUCUGUGACGGCUUUCCAGAUUGUCCUGACAAGGUGGAUGAAAAGAACUGCUCAGCAUUUUGCAAGGUGGAUGAGCUUGAAUGUGCCAGUCAUGAUUGUGUGCCAAGUGAGCUGUGGUGCGAUGGGCAGCUAGACUGCAUGGACAACUCAGAUGAAUGGAACUGUGUGACCCUAUCUAAAAACGCAAGCUCUUUGGCAUUCCUGACUAUUCACAGGUCAGCUACUGACUACCAUGUUUGUGCUGAUGAGUGGCAAGAAAAGUUAAGCCAACUGGCCUGCAAUCAAAUGGGUUUAGGGGGGCCGUCUGCAACAAAAAUUGUACGAGAAAAUGAGCAACUACACCAUCAAAAGUGGCUGAAUCUGCACUCUGACUGGAAGAAUAAAAAUGCAUCCACGUUACCUGCCCUGCUAGUGAAAGGGCAGUCAUGUCAAAGCAGAAGUAAAGUGUCCCUUCUCUGUAGCAAAAAAGAUUGUGGCCGUCGCCCUGCAGCUCGCAUGAGCAAGAGGAUCCUUGGCGGCAGGACUAGUCGUCCAGGACGGUGGCCGUGGCAGUGCUCUCUGCAGAGUGAACCAAUUGGGCACAUAUGUGGCUGUGUUUUGAUUGCAAACAAAUGGGUUUUGACGGUAGCACACUGCUUUGAGGGGGAGACAAACACUAGUCAACAGAAUUUCCUCUUAAUGCUGUUUAUCGAUUGCUGGACUCUUUCUAUAGUUUUGGAAGAACUUCUUUGGAGAGAAAAUGCUGCAGUCUGGAAAGUGGUGUUUGGUAUAAACAAUCUGGAUCAUCCAUCAAUCUUCAUGCAGACCCGACUGGUGAAGACUAUUAUCUUGCAUCCACGCUAUAACAGAGCAGUAGUUGACUAUGAUAUCAGCAUCGUAGAACUAAAUGAAGAUAUCAACGAGACAAGUUAUGUAAGGCCAGUCUGCUUACCCAGCAGGGAGCAGUUGGUUGAGCCAGAUACCUACUGCUACAUCACAGGCUGGGGACACAUGGGCAACAAAAAUUUUUUUUCAGUGCCUUUUAAACUUCAAGAAGGAGAAGUUCGUAUUAUUUCCCUAGAACAAUGCCAGUCAUACUUUGACAUGAAGACCAUCACCAGCAGGAUGUUAUGUGCAGGGUAUGAGUCUGGAACUGUGGACUCUUGCAUGGGCGACAGUGGAGGACCUCUCGUUUGUGAGCAGCCUGCAGGACGCUGGACAUUGUUUGGUUUAACCUCAUGGGGCUCCGUCUGCUUUUCCAAAGUUUUGGGACCUGGAGUUUAUAGCAACGUGUCACACUUCACUGAAUGGAUUGAAAGACAAAUAUACAUUCACACCUUUCUACUAAACUAAUGCCAGAAGCUGACACACAAGAGGCAAAGAUCAAUGGCCUUUAAACAUUGAAGAUUGUGCAAUCACAAUUCUUAAGAAGAAGUUGCAAGCUCUGUGUUGUUGAUGGGGAGGUAUGGAAAAUGCAGCAUAAAUAAAUUGAUUAAACUCUCUGCCCCUGGCGAUACGUUGGGGCACAACACUAUUUUUGUAAUCCUUUUGACUUUUCCUUUAGCUGUAUUGUGUGCAUUCCAAGCACCACACAAGGCUUAAAGGAAGAAUCAGCCAAUCUUCUGCCUUUCAGACAUUUAAAUUAAGCUGUAGCACAGACUUAGUAAAACUAUAAAACUUUUUAGGAAAAAUAAACAGUAGCACACACAGUUUUAGCCUACAAUUCUUGGAGUGAAGAAUAAAAUCAAUACAUUCUCAAAGAUGACACUGAGGUCUAUAUUAAAAUUAGCCCUUCUCUGCUACCUCGAGUUUGCUCCCAUGUUAGCAUAGCAGGGCCUUGUCAGAAAUACAACCAUCAUGGGAGAAUGUGUAGUUCUUUGCAACUGAUAAGUGGAUGGUUUAGAUACUGUCACACUACAAUUAAGCCACAUAGUUCAGACUACUGUUAAGUGAAACAUUUACCUCUACAAUUCAAUACCUUCUGUUUUGAUUAACCUAAUGUAACCUGUACCAGAUAGUGUCCUAUAGAAACAGUCACAGUAUUCAUAAAAGUAGUUUAAAAGUCCAAAACACUUAAUAUUUAAGUCACUGUUGCAUUGCAGUUUCACCUAGUGACAUGACAGUAUGUUUCAUUGUAUAUUAUGGGCUUAGGGGACAGCAAAAUAACUCUCCCCAACCUCUAAAUAUUACAGCUGCAUCCAAAUUUCUCUAGUUCAGGGCUGCAUCUAACUCAUGCAAGAUAAGAUAGAUUGUCGACAUCCUAAUCUCAAAUGCAAAAAGGUGUGGAAAUUACAACUUCCAGUAGCCCAGGCUCCAUCUUUCUCUGUAGGACCAGGUCCUCAGCUGGUGUAACCAGGUGUAGCUCAGUUAAAGUCAAAGGAACCAUAUUGAUAUAAACCAUCUGAAGCUCUGGCCCUUAAUAGAGUGGAGCUGGGUUCUGAAAUACAGGAUUUUUAGGGAGUUUUGUUUUCAGUAUUAGGAAAAAAAAUUGAAAAAA